AUGGCCUCCUCCUUCGCCCUGGUCCAGUCGUUUGCGCCGAUCCUCCAAGAGCCGAUCUGGCAGCAGCAGCGCGACCUGGAAGCCUCUUCUGUAGAGGGCAGAAUUAAGCUCGCAUAUGCCCGAGCCCGGAGUCUCAUCCAGACAGUCGGAAUGACAAUCGAGGAUGUACGCUUGCUGAAGCCCAAGUUCUGGGACUUUCACCGUCAUGCUUUUUCCAUCGAUUCCGGUGCUUGGACUAUCCUGACCAUCCACUGGAAUCUCUGCAUGGGCACAAUCAGCCAGUAUCUCCCUGAGCGGCCGGACCUACUGCCCUUGCUCCAGUCUCUGGAGCGGUUCGACACAUGCGGCGAGUUCCUGCUCACCGAGCUGGGCCACGGUCUGGAUGCGAGAAACCUCGAGACCACGGCCACUCGCCAGGCCGAUGGCUCCUUUGUGCUCAACACCCCCAACGCCGCCUCAGCCAAGACCAUGCCUCCCAGCUCGCCCUUCCUGGGCAUGUCCCGCACAGCCAUCGUCUUCGCCCGGCUCAUCAUAGACAACACAGACCGCGGCGUGCGCGGCUUCAUCGUGCCCCUCAACGACUCAACCGGCGCCAUGUGCCCCGGCGUCUCCAGCACCCUCUACCCCAAGCGCGCAGGCGCCAGGGCCAUCGACCACUCCUCCACCAGCUUCCACAACGUGAUCCUGCCCGCGGGCGCCCUGCUCGGGCCCACGGGCGACUCGUCCAAGGACGAGCGCAACAGCUUCCUGCGCGCCAUCCACCGCGUCACCGUCGGCACGCUCUGCCUGUCCACGAGCAACGCCACCAUCCUGCGCAUCUCGGCCUGCGUCGCGGGCAGGUACAGCAUCCAGCGGACCGUCGGCGCGCCCAAGCCCGUCUCCAUCCUGUCCUUCAGCACGCAGCACGGCCCCAUCGCACGGGCCCUCGCGCACGCCGCCGUCUUCGACAAGUACGCCGUCGAGUCGCGGCGGCUAUUCAUCGAGAACGUGAAGAAGCCCGAGAUUCAGAAUGUCAUCGCCGGCACGUACAAGGCCACCAUCAUUGACUACACGCAGAGGAUUCUGAGCGAGCUGGUUGACCGGUGUGGGUGGCAGGGUCUCUUCGCGCACAACCAGAUCUCGGAGUUAUGGCUCGCCGAAAAGGGCAACAGCAUCGCCGAGGGCGACUACGUGGUCCUCUGCAUCCGACUCGCCAGUGAGAUCCUCCUCGGGCGGUACGCGCCCCCCAAACCCCGUGAUCCCAAUUCCCUCCUAGCCCGCCAUGAGGCCGGCGUCUGGGACGAAGCCCGCCAGACCGUCGCGGCCAUCAAGGGCGGCCACCGCGGUAAGGACUUCAACGCCCGUAUCCUGCCCCUCUCCCUGCCGCUGGUCAAGGCGACGGGCCAGCGCAUGGCCUACGAGGCCGCCAGGGACGCCGUCGCGAGCGCUGACGACGGGAACGGCGCCCCCCUGACGCAGCAGGUCCUCGACCUGUACGAGUCGACGUGCCUGCUCGAGGACGAGAGCUGGUACGUGGAGAACGGCCUCCUGACCCGGCGGCAGCUGCGGGAGCGCCAGGUGGACGCGGUCAACGCCGUGCUGCCGCUGCUCGAGGGCAUGAUCAACGACCCGGCCGUCGACGCCUUCGUCAGCGCGCCCAUGGUCGACCAGGGCAGGCUGGCGGCCUUCUUCGCCGCCCUGCCGACGUACAAGGGGCCCGACAGCGGGUUCGCGCCGCGGGCCAGGUUAUGA